AUGAAAGUUACUACUAAGGCUGUCUUGUACCUAGCGCACUUUCUCCCGGUAGUAUCCUCGACAUGUUACAUGCCCAACGGCAACACGACGAAUGAUGCUGCUUGCAACGGCGGUGCAGAUACAGGCUCAGCAUGUUGCGGGCCGGGAUACGCAUGCCUCUCAAACACCCUCUGCGCUCUCACCGAACACGUCAGCAGCGACAUUGUAAAAACAUCACCUUUCUACGUCCGGGGAGGAUGUACGGACAAAAAUUGGGCCAGUAAAGACUGCCCGAAGUUCUGCAGGAAUGCGACGAAUGGAGAUAAUCUGGGCAUAGGCGGCAUGGGUAUAGGUCGAUGCGAUGGAGAGGGUCAAACGAAUCGAUUUUAUUGCCGCAACAGUGAGACGGCAGGAUUAAGCAAUACCGACCUUUGCAGCAAUAAGCAGUAUUACUUCGAGUUUUCAGGCUUUCCUACUACAGUCACCGUCAUCGGACAAGAAGCAAGUGGAACUCCAGACGCUACCUCUUCCACGUCUACAUCGGAAACGACCACAUCAUCGACGUCUUCCUCUUUUUCCACAAGUUCCCCCGCAGUUACGCAGCCGAGCGACAAAGAGAAGAGAGUGGGAUUGGGACUGGGAAUCGGCCUAGGCGUACCACUGCUCGCUGCCAUUGGCUUCCUAGCGUUCGUCUUCAUGAGCCGCUGGCGUACAGGGGGCUACUCACGAUCCAAGCACGAUGCGACACAGAGCCCGGCACCGAGUAGUCAUGGCGUACAUUCGUGGAGUCCGCAGUGGUCGAAACACGCGGCUGCCGGAGAACUGGGUACUGAGGCACAAGUAUCUGAAGUUCCUGCCUCGCACCAAGCGUAUGAAUUGCAAAACUCGUAUAUUGCGGAUCCGGGGACUCUGACGAAGGGGCAGAAGAAUGGCCUCAUCUAACACUCAC